CACGCGAAAAGACUCUUUUGCCUUCCAGCUUAAGCCCUCGAGAAACCCCGCCGCCGCCUCCGCCCGCUGCCAUUCUCGCCGCCGCGGCGAGCUAACCGAGCGCCGCCGAUCGCCGCCAUGUCGCAACAAGCACUUCUUCUCCGCUUCCGUGUGCAGGGGGGACUGCGAGGAUUCAGCUCGCAGGCCGCCGAGCGAUGGAUGGGGCAGCAGGCCGAGCGGGAGGAGGAGAGCAAGGCGGUGAAGGUGUCGGUGUGGUGGGACUUCGAGCGGUGCCACCUGCCGCCGGGCGCCAACCCGUGCCGCGUGGCCCCGCGCGUGACGGCGGCGCUGCGGAGCGCCGGCGUCCGCGGGCCCGUCGAGAUAACCGCCUUCGGCAACGUCAACGUGCUCCCCCGCGCCGUCCAGGAGGGCCUCGCCGCCACCGGCGUCGCCUUCUCGCACGUCCCCAGAUUGGGUGGCAAGGAGGGUUCCGACAGAUCAUUCAUGGCUGAUCUUGUCUAUUGGAUUGCUCAGAACCCUCCACCAGCCCAUUUCUUCUUAAUAUCUGGGGAUAAAGACUUUGCAAACAUUCUGCACCGCCUCCGGAUGAGCAAUUAUAACAUACUGCUAGCUUGCCCUUCUGCUGAUCCCAGUGUUCUCUGCAGUGCAGCGACAAUUAUGUGGCCGUGGGAGGCUUUAGUUAAUGGGGUCGGUUUUUCACCGAAACAUUUUAACCACCCACCUGAUGGUUUGUCUUCUUCUUGGUAUAGUCAUUACAGGGGAGCUCUUGAUGACCCCUUCCUGCAAGCAGAACCAAAGCAUUCCAUGACUUUACCAAUGCACACCAAGAAGGCAGAGAAUCCACCUGUAGUCCCUAAAUUUGUAAUCCACUGUAUUAGGAGAACACUUAACUCUUAUUCUGAAGGGGUUAAUAUUCAAGAUCUUCGAUCAGAGCUUAAAAGGAACGGGGUGCCUACAGAUAAAGGAUUUUUUGGCUUCAAAACUUUCACUGAUCUUCUCCGAGCUCUUCCCGAAUAUGUCAAAUUUAUAGAUCCUCUGCCGGGUGAUAGUCUACCGGCUGUAGUUGGUGAAAAAAACUUUAAGAUCAUUGAGUCUGGUGAAAGUAAUGGUGAGGUAAAAUGCCUCAAUGAGUCGAAGACUGUGAAGUCACCAUCGUCUAGUGUUCCAUCUUCUCCAUCAGAUAUAUUGUCUGCAGAGCAAAAGAAAAUUCCAGCAGUUGAUACUCGGUCUUCCCUGUCUGAUUCAUUAUCUAGAGACCAAAGGAAAGCCCCACCCAUAGAUUUUAUUACACAAUCAGAACCACCUGCGUGCCACAUGGAAGCUGAUGCGGUGACCGCUUCUGGAACUCCCCUGCCAGGGUUGCAAGGUACUAGUAAAAAAGGGCUAUUUGAAAGGAUUCGGAUUCUGUGGAAUGGCCCUAGCCCCACUAUGCCUGAGACUUAUCAUUCUAAGGGAUCUGAUAAUGUAGCACGUCAUGGAGGGCAUAAUACUGACCAACAUAACAGACAUUUUGAAACGAUCAACAAGAAUGUGUCCAGAACUGACAAUCUAGAUGUGAAGGAUCUUGGUAGCCAUUCAGCAGUUGGUACGAGUUUGUCAAACUUCCCUUCCACUAAACUUUCUGAUUUAAAUGUCAAGGAGAAUUUUGCAAAUUCAAAGAAUCAAUCUAGCAAAGCUGAAAAUGUACGAGGUCUUGGAGAAACCAAUUACGGCAUAUUUAGCUGGGCAGCAAGGUGGUGGUCAUCUGGAAAAUCUGCCACGCAAGAGAAUACUGAUUAUACAGAUGUCACUGAUGAAACAAAGGAAGACUUAGAUAAAGGAUCUGCGUUUGUUAAGAGACCUGACAGUGCAAGUGGACAGCAAGUAGGAGCUGAACUGUUUGAAAAGUCUUACUUCUGGGAUGCACUAGAACAAUAUUUGUUAACCCCUCAUGGAUCAAAACUUGUUUCAGAAGCAAAGACAAGGCAUGAGUUAGCACAUGGACUGCAGAAGCAAGGCUGUUGGCCUCUCAAAGGCCUUGACAAGAAAAACCUCCAUCAGUUAGUACAUCUCUUAGUCUCUGAAAAGAAAUGGAUUCAAGAAUCUAAUUCAGAAACUUUCCAUUUCCUACUUACACUCCCCCAGAGAGGAGGAUCUGCUCCUUUACCUUCCAGUAAAUCAGGUGGUAGUUCUCCUUUUGCAAGGCCUGCCAGAAACAGAAAUGGCCAGGCCAGCUACAAGGGCGACGAAAACCAAGGUAAUGGGGAUGACCUAGCCUGGGAAGAACUUGGUCCUGUAUCCAGCUCUAGUGACCCUCGUCAAGAAACUGAUAAAGUGCCGCUCUAUCAACCUCCUACCCCUUCAGACGAUGAUUUUUCUGAUGAUGAAACUAAUGCAGCAAGCUUACAAGAACGAAAAGAUUCGGAUGAUGAAUUUCGGGAGGAUGAAAAUCAUGAAGCAAGCCAACAAGGACGAAAAGAUGAAUCUGGAAGUUCGCUCGUCAAGAUUCUAGCUUCGUGGAGCACCAGCAAGGAUGAUGGCUCUCGAAAGAGAGAUCAUGGUGUUGGUAGGCUUCAUGGAACACCACCAAGGAAUAUCAUGGUAGAUUGCUCUCGAAGCGAUGGAAGUUAUCGUCAAUGCUGGCGUCCCUCGUCCAAACACCACUCGUAAUGUCAAAUCUGCAGCUAUGCUUGACAAGUGCUAGAUAAAUGCCUGCAGCUGUGCGUUAGAAGUACUAGAUAAAUGCCCUACUGAUAAAUAAAUUAGAUUACCCUAACAUGUCUUAACAAUUCUAAUUGUGCUUCAUGCCACGGCUGUAUGACAUCUUUAUAGGAGCUACACGAAGAUAGCGAUCAUGCUUAGAAAGUGAGCUUUGUGUUCUUGUG